AUGCUUAGAGAUGGCCCUACUGGAGAUUGGAUAGGUACUUUCAUGGGUCAUAAAGGUGCUGUAUGGAGUGCUAAAUUGAGCAAGGAUGCCUCUAAAGCUGUCACAGCUUCUGCCGAUUUUACUGCAAAAGUAUGGGACACCUAUACUGGUGACGUGCUUUAUUCUUACUCCCAUGGGCACAUUGUACGUUCAGCUGACAUUUCGGAUGAUGGAACGCGCAUUAUCUCUGGUGGUCAAGAAAAGAAAUUAAGAAUAUUUGAUUUAAAUAAACCAGAAAAUGCUGCCAUGGAAACAGAGGGACACGAUUCAACUAUUAAAAGCGUUAUUUGGGACGGUGAAAGAAAUGUUGUACUGAGUGCUGGUGAUGACAAAGAGAUUCGCUUUAAUCAAAUUAACACUUUUAAAGCUGAACAUCCUAUUACGAGUAUGGAACUUUCAGCUGACGGAAAAUAUAUUACAAGUACAGCUGGCAAG